AGUUCGUAUGUGAUGUUUAUCUUGCUUUAAUUAAUUGUGGAUUUAUUUGUGAUCUUGUUCUGUAUCAUUCAAAACUUUGUUUUUUACGUUCGAUGGUCACUAAAAUAAUUAAAAAUCAAGUAUAAAAUUGGUCAAAUGGAUGUUGAUAUAUUUAUUGAUAAUAAAGAUUGCCUUUACGGGACAGACCUGUUAGAUGAGUUGUCAAAUGACUACCAGUGGUCAUCAUUAUUGGAUGCGACUGAUGCGUCUCCCAGUGAGAUCUUGGCAGAUGCAGCACUCGACCCUCCGUUGUCACCUCUCCUGAGUGUCAAGUCAUCACCAAAUGAAAGCAGCAAUUCUGAUUCAGGGAGUGAAGAUGAUUCUAAAAAUGGUUCAAGUUGUACAUCAGCCCGUCAAUCAUCACAGUCUCCCUUGGAUUGGAUGACGAAUUUUGAAGAUGAAUUACCAUGUGAUUUAAAGAUCGAAGAUGUUGAAUUAUUCAUACAGAAAACUCCACCAGUGCAACCAGUGAAAGAUGGGAAUCAACCAAACACAUUUGAGAAAAAAGGUCCUGUUAUGGCAAUUGAAUAUGGUGUGAUUAAGGGUGUGAAAACUGAGAAUGAGGGCUGUGAUAUUCCCGUUGAAACAACUUGCAAGCCAUUUUUAGCCAAUGUACAUAAUGGAAAGAGUUACCUUCAAAAUGCAUACUUCAAAGUAGUCAAUGAAAAUACCAUAUCUAAUAUAAAGGAAAACAGCCAAAUACUACUAAACGACCAAUUAAAAUUAGUUGUUGACCAGAAAAAGAUACCAAGUAUACUAAAGAAGCCACAAGUAUUAGUAAAUACUAAGCCAAAUAUGGUGAUACCAGCAGAAUGUUCAAAAGGAAGGAAAAUAGCUAUAUCUCCUCUGCCACAGACUAAAGUUAAGGAUGUCAGUAAUGGAUACCAAGUUAAGAUGUCGCCACCUAGAAGCAACGUUGUGAUAAAUCCAAAGCCACUGUUGUCAAAACCAUCCACCCCACCGACUGCAGUACAGAAUGGUUUGCCUGCCAUAGAUUCAGAAGGCGUACAGGUCCCAAGUAUUGACCUCACAAAUAUGACUGAAACGGAGAUUAUCAGAGCGAUAAAGAAGCAGCAAAGGAUGAUCAAGAACCGUGAAUCGGCAUGCCAGUCGCGCCAAAAGAAGAAGGAAUAUGUAACGGCACUAGAACAACAACUCUUGGAGGCGCAGCAAGAGAUCGCGCGACUGAGGCUCGAGAACAAGCGACUCAAAGACCAGCUUUAUACUAACGGCAGAGGACGUAAGAUACCUCGUCUCGAUGCGUCGCUGUUGAUUCCCAAAAAGAACAUUGCAGUCAUUUUCGCUAUGGUCUUUAUGGUCUCUUUGAAUUUCAAUGUAUUGGGCUGGAACUCCAAGCCCUUGGUCGGUCCAACAUCCCCUCAUAGAAGCACUCGACAUUUAUUAUGGUCAGAAGAUAGUUCCACCGAAGUGUCUGGAGUUAGUGACCAAAUACUAAACAGUACUUAUGGCGCGGAUUGCAACAACGCAACAGUUGCGAACAUUAAUCAAACAGAGAGUAUCAGGAUAGCCGGCGAGCUCAACAGAUGGAUCGGUGGCGGAAAGACGUUGAACUGGACGUAUGAUGUGCCAAGGAGAAAAAACAAAGCUUAUAUGAACGGAGAAAGUGUCAGUGGUGGUUUACUGGACACAUACAAAUUAUUCAACAAACUAAAUUUAGAAAACAAUUUAAUAGAGUUACCAUAUACAAGACGAGGCAAAAAAGAAAAAUCAAGGUUACGACGUCUCAAGCGUAAGGACUUGGACUUCGGAGAACACGCAGUUAUAGACUAUGAAAGAUUAUACCGGGAGCCUAAGAGAAAAUCAGUGGAUAAUUUUGACAUUGGAGAAUGGAAUGAUUUACUACAAGCUCUUCAAAGGCGUGACGACACUUUCUAUGUUGUUGGUGUAGGAAAGGGAGAACACUUAUUAUUGCCAGCUGUGACCCACAACAUUACUCGGCCGCCAAAAAUGGCGCUUAUAUUACCUGCAAGGGGAGGCAAUGAUUCUGUCACGACUGACCAUGUGACGUUAAUGCAGAUCGAAUGUUCUGUUGUCAACACGACCCUGGUCAAGUUAAAAUCUGAUACAUUACCUGAAAGUGUACGAAACAAGGACGUUCACCCCGUUAAAAACUCAAACAAGCGUAGAAGAAGCACUAAAACACAGGAAAGCAGCGGAGAUGAGAAUUUCGAAACUAGCCUUCCAAAUGACUUGAAAAAUUCUAGUAACAUCUCAAAAUACGCAACAAAAUUGAAAAACGACGAUGUAGACAUACAGAAAGAUGAUUUGUUUGCUCAGUAUCUGUUUUCUAAGUAUGAGAAGUCUAAAAUUGUUGGUUCUCUGAACAAUAAAGGGAAAAAAUACGUAAGUGAUGAUACAGGUGUAUUAUGAGCCUGAAGUCAGUUUGUGUAUAUAUAUAUAUAGAGGUGUGUGUGUAUAUGUUUAUAUCACUGUAUCACAAGUAUUAAAUAUACACAAGCAAUAAUAAAAUAUAAGUGUUCUUUUUGUGAAUUAAUGUUAUUCAUAUCCACACAUUCAGUUUUGUAUUUCUACACUAAUAUUAUAAAGAGGAAAACUUUGUUUGUUUGGUUGUAAUGAAUAGGCUCAAAAACUACUGGACCGAUUUUAAAAAUUCUUUCACCAUUCGAAAGCUACAUUAUCCACGAGUAACAUAGACUAUAUUUUAUUUUGGAAAAAAAUA